AUGGCUGGCGUUAGACAUUUACGAGUUAUUGGCUUGACGGCACUUGUUGUCAUUUUGAUUGUUGUACUACACCAAACUGGCCGUAAUGCAGCAUCAUUGGUAUUCGCGCAAGCUUCGGACGAAAUUGCCAAUAAGCAUCGGGCCAAGUCUAACAAUGGUGCAGUACAAGCAGCAGCAGGGUCAGGAAAAGGAGGCGAAGGUGGUGCAGGCGGUAAAAGUGGUGGCAAUGGAGGGGUGAAUCCUGUUGUUGUUUCUAACAACAUUGUUGAUCUGAAUAAUGACGAAAAGACUGACGAUGCUAUCAAUCAGGAGAUUUCUAAGGAUAAGAGUGAAGAAGGGGUCAAGAAGAAGCCAAGUGGUGAGGAGGGACAGAAUAGAAAUAAGGAAAAUGGAGCAGUAGCAGGCGGAGGAGUGGCGAAAAGUGGAAAAAAUGUCAAUGGAAAUGGAAAUGGUGUAUCGGGUUCUGGGUCAGGUGCUGGGUCAGGCGCUGGGUCCGGAUCGGCCGAUGUAACCACCAACGAAAAGGGAGAGUAUGACCCACAAGCUGAACUAAUAAAAAUCCGAGCUCUUUCACCAAUGACGAUUUUCUCCAAGAGUUAUUGCCCCUACUCCAAGAAAUUAAAGAGUUUAUUAUUGGACAAGUAUGAAAUCACCCCCACGCCCAAUGUAGUUGAGUUGGAUUUACACGAGCAUGGCGACGAGUUGCAGACUUAUCUUUAUGAGAAGCUGGGUAGACGUACUGUUCCUAAUGUGCUUGUGGGCUCGUCGUUUGAGAGUAGGGGCGGGUCUGAUGACUUUGCCGAGUAUCAUCAAAAGAACCAGGUUAUAAAGUUGUUGACUGAUUGGGGCCAGGGGAGGUUACAGGUUAGUAAGAAGGAUACUCCGUCUAAUGCGUAA